GGAAGAUGGAUUGCAGCUGGGCUCCGUGGGCUGCUCCAAUGACACCGGUCAAGUUUCCAGCUGGGUGCUGCCAAGGAGUUUGAAUGCUGAUCCCAGUGUAGAGCAGAGAAUUUGAGCUGCUGGAGAAGAAAAGCAUGGGGAAAAUGUCUUCGUCUUCAUGGCUCUUGAGUCUGGAGUGGCAGGAGUAAAAGCAGAUCGUUUUGAGGAAGCAAUGACAGCAAAGCACUGCGCGCUGUCACUGGUGGGAGAGCCCAUCAUGUACCUGGAGAUCAACCGCUUCCUGAAGCUCCUGCACCAGCACAAUAUCUCCAGCUUCGUGCACAGCCCUGGCACCCUCCAGUGCUGCUGACUGCUGCUGCUCCCCGGUGUCAAUGCUGCUUCUUGCUCUCUCGCCAGGGAUCUCCGCAGGGCAAAUGACCAUACUGUCUGCUGGAGACAGGUACCAUCAGCAGUACUUCGUCUGCAGCAACGCCCUGGAUGAAGUUAUGAAGGCCCAAAACCUUGUGGUUACAAGUGAAGUGAUUGUCUCACCCACCUGCUGGGAGCUGUGUGAGCAGGAACAGAUCCAGACCAGGCUUCUUGGUGGCAAACGGGUUCUGAAGGUUCAGAGGAUGGAGCACAUGUCUGGAUCAGAACGCCAAGAUGCUGCAGGCCAGUUUGACCAACACGCGAAGAUGCGGCGUUUGGAAAGGAUAAGGCACCAAAGGCCACCUUUUCACGUGUCCAAUGAUCCUAAAGUGGCAGCAAAGAUGCAGAAGUACAUACCAGAAGCUGCUCUCAGGAAGCUGGACGUGGAUAUGCCGCUGCACAUGUGGUCUGAGCUACGGCCAGUCACCAGCCUCUUUAUCCAGCUGCGGUUUUCUGCAAAUGCCGACAUACUGGAUCUUCAGAGGGGCCUCUGUGAUGCCACCAGGAUGAUUUCAACAAUCAUCAGUCCUCACAAGGGCGAAAUCAACAAAAGCCUUCUGUUUGAUAAGGGCUGCACAUUCCUCUGUGUGUUCGGAAUGUCUGGAGCAAAGCUGCAUCACGAGAGCACCCAUGCCUUGGACAGCGCUCUUCAGAUCUUCAGCACGUGCUCCACGUCGUUGAGGAAUCUUGAGGCAAUGUCUAUUGGGGUCACCAGCGGGACGAUGUUCUGCGGCCUCUGUGGCCAUCCGGAGAGGGCUGAACAUACAGUGAUUGGCCAUAAGGCGAAUUUGGGUGCCCGCUUGAUGGUGCACUACCCCAGGCUGGUGUCCUGUGAUGAAGACACCUACAAGGCUUCUUGCCUGCCCAGUUACCUCUUCAAGGAGUUGCCGAAGACAGCGUUGAAAGGUGUUACAGAUCCCGGCCCUGUCUAUCAAUAUGUGGGGAUCACUGACAAGUGCAUCUUUGACACGGAUCGUACCAAGAGGAGGUCGGACUGUGGCCCCUUGCUGGGUCGGGAGGUGGAGAUUGACCUCUUUGAACGCAGCUUGAAGGCCUACGAGACUUUGGGACAGCCGCGCAUCCUGGCGUACGCAGGCAUUCUGGGCUCUGUAAAGAGCCGCUUACUUACUGAGCUGGCCUUUCUGGGCCAGGCCGCUGGGCACAGGGUUGUCACCAUGGAACUGACCGAGGCCAACAUGAGGCAGCCCUUCUCUGCCAUCCGUAUGCUGGUGGCCAGGGCCCUGGGACUGCAGGCAGGUGAAACAUGCGAGGACUGGCAGCGCACCCUGCAGGCCAAGCUCCAAGGGGUGAUAGAAGAGAGCAGAUACUGCCUCCUCAACAACAUUUUCCUCGUCAAGUUUGCCAUCUCAGACCAGGUUCGCCAGAUGCGUGACCUUCAAAUGAAAAGGGAGCUGCAGAAGACUUGUAGGAAAGUGCUACAGAAGACCCUUGGAGGAGAAUUUGGCAUAUUUGUCAUCGACAACGCCCACUUCAUCGACCCUGCCUCCUGGACUGUCAUGUGGCCCGUGCUCCAAAGCGUCACGCUCUUUAUGGUGAUGAGCUUAGCUCCUGGCCACGAGAGAACGGAGAGCUUUUUCAAAGCUGCAGCAGACAGCACAACAUCCCAGAGAAUCAGCUGUCUUCAUCUGGAAGAGCUGAAACCUGCAGCUGUGGUGCAGAAAGUCUGCCAGGACCUUGGAGUGGUCAGCAUCCCCAGGGAUCUAGCAAGGUUCCUGAUCCAAAGAAGCUCUGGCAUCCCAUAUUACUGUGAGGAACUGCUGCACUGCCUGCGUCGCAACAACAUGCUCUUGUUCAGCACUGGGAGGCAGGACAAAAAAGUAGAGGACAACUGGGAGGGCUUGAUCGCUUCUGCAGUCGAGACUUCACUCAUUGUCUCAGCCACCUCAAGCUCCAGUGCUGGGAAUAACAGUGGCAGGGUCUGCACCAUCAGAGCAGACGUCAGCCUGGAGAACACUGUGCUGCCGGCCGCCUUGAAAGAGAUUGCACUGGCUGAGCUGGACCGGAUCACGCUGCAGAAGCAGAUGGUUUUGAAGUUUGCAGCCAUCAUAGGGCCAGUGUUUACCACCCAGCUGCUGGCUCACAUCCUUCCCACUUGUACCAGGCAGCACAUGAAUUAUUGGUUGGACGGGCUGGUGAGCGACAACAUCCUUAAGUGGCUGAAGGACACAGGGGUGCCCAGAGACAUCCAAGAUGCUCGAGAGGGGCCGGCCACCUCUCAGCAGGCAGGGAGCGGGGUGGAGAGGCCGUCUACAAGCAAGGAGACCACGGAGCAGCAGGCUGGCGUUCUGGCCUUUUGUGCCCCACUGCUGCAGGAGGCAGCCUACGAGCUGUGGCCCAAGAGACAGAGGGCCAGCACGCAGCGCAAGUGUGCUGCCUUCCUGGAGAAGCACGCGCACAAAUGCCGGAGCUGCCACGGAGGGGACUUUGUGGCCUUCCACCGCUUCGCCGUCCCCAGGACGGGGAAAACUGCCAGGGCUCUGCUGACGAGGAUGACUGGCACAGCUGGGAGGCCUUGGUGCUCGCUGGAGAACAGCUGAAGAAGGACAGGACUCACAUCCCUGAAGAGCGUCAGAGCGGUUUCCACCAGAGGGCAAAUGGACAACUGCGCAGCCCAGCAGGACCAAAGAGAAGGACGGUGGCAAGCGUUCCUGCAAAUGCGAAGCCGUCAUUGAAUCAGUGCUUGUGCCUUUGGCUCGCCACUAUGUGGCAACAGGCAAUGCUUCCCGAGCCUUCUACUACCUGCUGGAGUGUGCGGCUGCCUACCUGCACGUCUCCAACAGCUACAUGGUGAGUGACCUUGCUUGCCAGCAUGCACUGCACCUGGAGUCCACUGCAACAGGACAUGCCCGCUGAGGGGCCUCCCAAAAGAAACAGUGGGGGCAGAGCCGGACUGUUUCCUGCGCUUUGCCUCUCCCACAGCAAGAGACGCGGGGCACUGAAGCAGGCCCAUCAGCACAAGCUGCGUUACCUGGGAGGCAGUCUGAAGGCUCCCUUAGUGCCUGAGCUCUGAGCCCACGGGGCACUGUGCUAGGGCAGGGAUCACAUGGGGAGAUGCGGGCCCUCCUAAGGCAGGUGCCACAGGAGGCAAGAGGGAAGGGUGGAGCUAGCUGGGGGCUCUGCACCGAUGCUCACCUGCUGCCUGUGUGCUUGCUCAAAGGCCCUUAUGAAGCUCAGCGAAGCAGAGGUCCUGAGGAACUCCAUGGGGAAGACAGCAACUGUGUUAGACUGCUUUGAGAAGGCGACCUUCUUCAGCCUCAAAGCGGAGGUCAAACCGGGGAGAUUUUCCAGAACCGCUGCUGCAGCUGUGCUUUGAGAGGCUGCCCUUCCAGCGAGUGCUUCUCUGCUGACACCAUGAUGACAAAAAAGCCUCGCUCAGAUCUUCGCCGAGCUCCAGGGGCAAGGGCGCAGGCAGCUGCUGAGCAAAGCUGCGCGGAUGCCUCCGGACACUCCCCGGGUAUGCCUCAUUCACCUUGACCUCGGCUGGGUCAGCACGGGGGAAGCCAGGAGGGAGAAGAAAAUCACCGGCGCUUGCUCCCUCCAAUUUCUGAGCAGGAAAUUACCGCAGGCGGACGUGGAGAUGGGUUUCACGUUGAGAUUCCCCGAGCCUGCGAAUCCUAAGUGCCCUAAGAGGGCAACCCCACAAAAGGUGGAGGCAGGUGCUCAGCUGCUGGGGGCUACAGGAAUGACCCGGCGGGGUUUUCACACCUCCUGCCUGCUCCUUGCAGUGUCCUUCAACCCACCACCCGCGUUUGCUGGAAAGGCAAGGGGAAAAGGAGAAAACAACCUCACGGCACCGUAAAACGGGAAAAUUCGGCCCAAUUCAUCCUAACAAGGGAAAAGCAGACCCUAGAGCUGACCGUUUUCACAGCAGAUGGUUUCACAGCACACAUGAGGUCCUGGCUGGAUGACGCCGAGCGGGCGAGCAGGGAAGGGCCCCACAGGCCAAAAUGUUCCGACCCGGGCUCUGAUCCUGGAAUCUGAUUCAUACGAGUGCAGCCCGGUGCCUCCCAGCUGCUCUACUUAAUGGUGCAGAUCGGAUUACAGCCUCCCGGGUGCCUAAAUUUAGCCCCCCAAAUCCAUACAUCGAUUAGUUUGACAUCCUCAAGUGCCACGCACCCAUUUCAGUAGGAAUUACAAACGCUGGUUCGAUCCAAAGGCUUGGUUUGAAGGCCUUGGCACGCUCCUCGAUGCCCUCAGGGGCUCAGGCUGACAAGGGCAACACGAAACCCGGUGCCCCAACCCUGUGAGACACAGAUCACCUCUGCGCCGCUGUGGGAUGAUUUGUUUUGAGCUGUAACAGCUCCUGGCACACCGUGCCAGCAGGGAACUGGCCGCACGCUUGCUGCGUGCUGACUGCUCUCUCUGCUGGCCAACUGAAAAAUUUUAUUUCCACGAGACAGGCCUGCAGAAAUGCAUCAACCGAGAAAAUGCAUGUCAGAAAAAUAGAGCUUUUUUUUUUCCCCUAAAGUCCCAAACAGGCACAUAAAAGAGGUUGAAUUGAAUAAAUGAUAUUCUUAACAAAAAGGAAGCAGCAGAGGAGAAAGAGGCAGGACAGACAUGGGUCUUCUGUCCCAUCCCAGCUCACUGCAUCCAUAGUUUGGUGGAAGCGAGAGGACCGACCCAUGGGACAGGGUGACCCCAGCGUGGAUGUCAGGCCGUCAAGGCCUUGCCCUAACAUUUUCAGUAGCAAACGUUGUAGUGUUGGGUUACUGGAGAAUUUCCAGUGACCACCAGCACAGAGAAGCCAGGAGAGAGUGGGACUGUGAGGAACUUUUUUCUGUUUGUUCAAUGCCUAAUUCAAGGGUGACCGAGUCCAAAAAGCCACCACACGGGGACUCUCAGCACAUAAAUACUGUAAUAGGAAUGGACUACAGAAAGUCAGGACUUCUCUGUGGGAAAGGACAAGCUAAAGACCUUGAUCCUGAAAUUAGACCAAACGUGGCAAAUUCUCCUAUCUGAGCCUCACUAAAGGAAGCGUGCCAUGGAUUUCAGCCACCAGGAACCAGCUCAGUAGUUUAAUCAAGGAGCAAACUCAUGUCUGGAGGGAUGACAACCUGAUGUUCUACAGCUCAAUGGCUCUGUUGAGUGACGCCCAGGUGCUGGGUUUAUGUGGCGAGGUUUUGGUAGUGGGGGGAGCUGCAAGGGUGGCCUCAGUUUACAACAGAGCAACACGUUUAUGGUGGGAUGUCAACCUCUGAUCUGAUUUAUUAAAAAAAAAGAAGUUGACUCUUUUGUAAUAAAAAUAAAAGACUUUAUUCA